UUAAAGAUGUUAUAGACAAGAUUGUUUUAGAAAAUUUUGGUCAUGCUUCCACUUUAGAAUAUGAUUUUGAGAUGCCAUUAUUGCAGUGUGAUUUUACCAAGGCAAUUAAAGUAUUUAAAAAAAAUUUAGAAAAGAACAUUUUGGGUAAAAAACAAAAAACAGAUUUUGAUAUCCUUGUCAGUGGAGGGGCUCCAGGAAUAGGUAAAAUACAAUUUGGCCAAGAACUUUUUUUUCAACUCAAAGAUAACUGGACUCCACCUACUUUGUCAACAAAAAAUAUUCAACCUCAUUUUCAAUAUAUUUGCUUAGAUUUUGGGAAUGGAUGUCCACUUGAUCAUACUGACUAUGAACUUUCUUCAUCAGUGAUUAUUGGCAUACAAAUUGCUUAUAUAUUCUUCAUCUAUGAAAAAUAUAAAAUGUCAUUUAUUGAAUUUCA